AUGUAUAUUGCUAGAUCUGUCACAUUACCGUUUCCCAACUCUUCAUCCAUUUCAUUCAAAUUACCCUUCCUCCUCCAAUCCUGUGCCCUAAUCUAUUCUCCCAACGCCCCUCCCUCACAUUCUCUUCUCAUUGUCAACACUCUUUUCAGUGUAACGGAAAUGGAGAAGUAUGAGAAACUGGAGAAGGUGGGAGAAGGAACCUACGGGAAAGUGUACAAGGCACGUGAGAAAGCUAGCGGCAACGUGGUGGCGCUGAAGAAGACGCGGCUGGAGAUGGACGAGGAGGGUGUACCUCCGACGGCCCUACGAGAGGUCUCGCUCCUGCAACUCCUCUCCCAAUCCAUCUACAUCGUGCGUCUCCUUGCCGUCGAACAUGUCGACAAGGUUCCCAAGGCUCACAAGGCCUCCUCCAACCCCCUCACCAAACCCAUCCUCUACCUUGUCUUCGAGUACCUUGACACCGACCUCAAGAAGUUUAUCGAUUCCCAUCGCAAGGGCCCUAACCCUAGGCCCCUCCCUCCUCAACGUAUUCAGAGUUUUCUGUUCCAGCUCUGCAAGGGCGUGGCGCACUGCCAUAGCCAUGGUGUCCUCCACCGCGAUCUCAAGCCCCAGAACCUUCUCCUCGACCAGCAGAAGGGGAUUCUCAAGAUCGCUGAUCUGGGCCUCGGCCGCGCCUUCACCGUUCCUCUCAAGAGCUACACGCAUGAGAUUGUUACUCUUUGGUACAGAGCGCCUGAGGUUCUCCUUGGCUCCACGCAUUACUCCACCGGGGUUGAUAUCUGGUCUGUUGGCUGCAUCUUUGCUGAAAUGGUGAGAAGGCAAGCGCUUUUUCCUGGGGAUUCUGAGUUCCAGCAGCUAAUGCACAUAUUCAAGAUGUUGGGGACUCCAACGGAGGAGCAAUGGCCAGGAGUUACUUCUCUGCGUGAUUGGCAUGUGUACCCGCGGUGGGAACCUCAGAAUUUGUCAAGGAAUGUACCUACCUUAGGACCUGAUGGAGUGGACCUUCUCUCGAAAAUGCUCAAGUAUAACCCUUCUGAGAGAAUAUCUGCAAAGGCAGCACUGGAUCAUCCCUACUUUGAUAGUCUGGACAAAUCUCAAUUUUAG